AUGGAGAUAAAAGAUAAAAGAGGAACUAAAAAUGUGGUUGCGGACCAUUUGUCUCGAUUGGAGCAGUGUGGAGGUCAAGAGCCAGCAAGUAAGGAAAUUAACGAUUUCUUUCUGGAGGAGCAUUUGUACGCAGUUCAAAGUUCAGAAUCAAAGGACACUCCAUGGUUCACAGAUUUUGCAAAUUACUUAUCGGGGAUAGUGCUCAAGCAGGGUUUAACCUUCCAGCAAAAGAAGAAGUUCUUCAGCGAUUUGAAGAAUUACUUUUGGGAGGAUCCAUAUUUGUUCCACAUCUGUGCAGACAUGUGGUUAGAAGAUGUGUAUCAAGGGAAGAAGGUUACGACAUCCUUGCACAUUGUCAUUCCGGGGCAUGAGGAAAUGAUGAGGAACACUAAUGCCAUUGUGAGGAACUUGGAGCAUCAUAUAGCUCAGAUGUCAAAGAUAAUAGAGGAAAGACUUCCAGAUUCCCUCCCUAGUAACACCGAGAUCAAUCCCAAGGAAUCCUUAAAGCUCUAUGCAAAGUUUCUGAAAGAACUAAUCACUAACAAGAGGAAACUGGAUGAAUUGUCUUCAGAGACACUUAGUGAAGAAUAUUCGGCAUUAAUUACCAACAAGCUCCCCAAGAAGGAGAAGGAUCUUGGGGGAUUUGUUAUUUUUUACAUUAUUGGAGGACUUAUAAAUGAGAAAGCUUUAGCCAACCUUGGGGCAAGUAUUAAUUUGACACCCUACAGAAUCUUCGAGAAACUCAUUUUAGGAGAACCAAAGCCCACCACAAUUACUUUGCAACUUGUAGAUAGGUCCAUUCGGCAACCAAGAGGUAUUAUUGAAGACGUGUUCGUGAAGGUGGACAAGUUCAUCUUUCCGGUGGACAUUGUAAUCCUUGAUGUGGAUGAUAAGGUGGAAGGCAAACAUUCAAAGAUAUUAGAAGAUGAAUCCCUUGAAGCUGAUGCACCAGAUGAUUUGGUGGAUGAAGUAUACUGCCAAGAACUUGUGGUUGCUAGAGUGCCUUUGAUCCAGGAAUAA